UUCUCCAGACGGAGACUGUUGUCAUUGCUACACAAAUGAGAGUGAACGAGACGGGUAGUGCCAGGAGCGACGACGCACGCGAUACCCGGAUGUGAUCACACCCAUUCCUCGCUGAGUCAUUCUUUCAGUAUGGAAGGUCGCUUCACGUCGAUUUCGGAAGUUUCGUCGAUAGAUGAGGACUCAAAGCUGGUACGGAGUCUUAGCCAAGAUGUCAAGCAAAUGAAAAACUUAGUAUCAUCAGUUGGAACACCACGUGACUCUAACGAGCUACGAAGUCAGAUAUCUAAUUUGUCAAAAGGAGCAGCACAAAAGGCUCGAGAAGCGAAACAGAGAUGUCAGUCACAUCUUAAAAGUUCUAACAGCACUGUUCGAACUCAAUACGAUCGUCUACUGCGAUCUCUGAUGGACGAGACAAAGGUCCUCACGGAUGAACAGAAUCGGUUUACGCAGUUACAGAGACGGCAUCCGAUUUCAACAGGUUUGUCAGGCGGGAUGGGAAGGAUGGAUGGUGAUUUUGGGUCUGGUGAGAGAGAGUAUGGAGGAGGGUCACGUGCGGCUGGUCCUGGAUUUCAGUUAGUACAGGAAUUUGACGAAGACUCUCAUCAAGAACAACUCACUAGACAACGACAUCAAGAGUUAAAGACUCUGGAAGGGGAUAUGUCUGACCUACACGAGAUGUUUCUUGAAAUGGGAACACUAGUUGCCGACCAGGGAGAGCAGCUUGAUCUAAUUGAGGCAAAUGUUGAGACUUCUGCCAUUCGAGUAGAGCGUGCAAAAGAAGAGACCUCAAAGGCGGUCACACUCAAGCAAAAGAUUCGGCAAAAGAAAUGCACACUGACCAUCUGCUGUAUCGUCUUAUUGGCUGUCGUUGUUGCUGUCAUUGUAAUAGCUGUUACACAAAGUUAAAUGAAGAAACACUGCUCUAUGUACGGUUGAUCACAAUUGAUAUUGAGUUGUAGUUGGCAUUCACAAUAUUGGUAAGGCAAUAAUUUGUAUCAAAAUCUGGUCUCAAUAGAUUGAAAUCAAUGUAUUCUUGUUGUUUGAGUAAUCGAUCGACAGUUGUCUAAUGAAUUUAUUGAGACCAACUUUUUGGUAAUUGAAAA